UAUUCGUCUAAUCUGGACAGAUGCCGAGAUGCGAUUAGACCUUUUGGCAGUCUGAUUCCACUGUUCCAGUGAGCAGCCAUUGAGAAUAAACGAGUAGUGGGAAGAGACCUAAGGCCGUCGUUCAGCACGGUGCUCCUCUUUAAGUUUCCUCCUCCGGUAGAGACUUCGAUCAGAUGGAUAUAACAGAAGGAACGCCUGCUCUCCAUGGAUUCCGAAUGCCCGCAGAAUGGGAACUCCACUCUCAAACCUGGCUUGGUUGGCCCGAGCGUCCUGAUAAUUGGCGAGAUAACGGAGUCCAUGGCCAGAGGAUUUUUGCAAAAGUUGCUUCCGCUAUUUCUAAGUUCGAGCCUGUCACUGUCUGCGCCAGUGCCUCUCAGUGGGCUAAUGCACGCGAUCAAUUACCUCAUAAUGUGAGGGUUGUUGAGAUGAGUAUGAAUGAUUCUUGGUUUCGUGACAGUGGUCCAACUUUUGUUGUAAGUGAGGGGAAAUCAAGUUCAGGACAUAAUGUUGCUGGUAUUGAUUGGAACUUCAAUAGUUGGGGAGGUAUCGAUGAUGGUUGCUACAUAGAUUGGAGUCAUGAUCUUCUUGUUGCACGAAAGAUUCUUUCAAUGGAGAGGAUUCCCCGUUUUCCACAGUCCAUAAUUCUUGAAGGUGGAAGCAUUCAUGUAGAUGGUGAAGGGACAUGUCUUACUACAGAAGAAUGCUUAUUGAACAAAAACAGGAAUCCACAUCUGACCAAAGAACAAAUAGAAGAUGAACUUAAAGCCUAUCUAGGAGUCAAGAAGAUUAUAUGGUUGCCUCGAGGACUAUUUGGUGAUGAUGAUACAAAUGGACACAUAGACAAUAUGUGCUGUUUUGUGAAGCCUGGAGUGGUGUUAUUGUCCUGGACAGAUGAGGAAUCAGACCCUCAUUAUGAGAGAGCUGUAGAGGCUUUUACUGUUCUCUCAAAUUCUACAGAUGCAAAUGGUAGAAAAUUUGAAAUUAUUAAACUCCAUAUACCAGGGCCUCUUUAUAUGACAGAUGAAGAAGCUUCUGGAUUUGUUCAAGUGGGAGAAGCUAAACCAAGACUUCCUGGAACAAGGCUUGCUGCUUCAUAUGUUAAUUUUUAUACUGUGAAUGGUGGAAUUAUUGCACCCCAAUUUGGAGACCCAAAAUGGGACGAUGAAGCUUUGCGUGUCCUGUCUAAGGCUUUCCCUGAUCGUCAAGUGGUGAAAAUUGAUGGGGCGAGAGAAAUUGUUCUUGGAGGAGGUAACAUUCAUUGUAUAACACAACAACAGCCGGCUGGCCCACAAGCUCAAUGAGCUUUUUUAAAAGCUUAAACAUAAUUUUUUCUGAGUUCUUGUUGUUGUGGUCUUUAUGACACGAUGGAAUUGUGCAAUAAUUUGUUUCGUUGUUUUGAAAUUUCAUUCAUGUCCGUGGUCUUAAUUAGUGAAAUUACUUUAGAUAAUGGACGGAUGCGAGUCUUUAUAUGGUAAGCU